CGUUGGACCCCACCUAAAAGUUUCGCCCAAUCCGGCCUCUUGCCGCUUCGAAACAUAAAAAAAGUUGCAGCCUCGCGAUCGCACCUGCAACGGGAAGGUAGCAAUCACCCACUGCUUGCCCGCUCUUUCUCUUCACAAGCGCCUUCCCGCAGAUUCCGAGACGCGACCAUGGCCGAACCAUCCAAGAGCCUCAAGCGAUCAAGCACCGAGAGGGAGGGAACGCAGGAUUCCAAGCGCGUAAAAACCAACGGCGACGGCGACGCCAAGAUGGACGAAAAGCCAAAUCCGUACCUGGCGCACCUCAACGAGGGGUUCAAGUCGCCUCUCGAUGACUUUGAGCGCCACAAGACGACAGCGCUGCAAGCGGCAAAGGCCGAGGACUCGGACAUUAACCCGUGGACCGGCAGGCCUCACUCGCAGCAGUACUUCAAGAUCCUAAAGACCCGCCGCGACCUGCCUGUACACAAGCAGCGUCAGGAGUUCCUCGACAUGUAUCACAGCACCCAGAUUCUGGUUUUUGUCGGUGAGACCGGUUCCGGCAAAACGACCCAGAUUCCACAGUACGUCCUCUACGACGAGCUGCCGCAUCUGACGGGCAAGCUCAUCGCCUGUACACAGCCGAGGAGAGUGGCGGCCAUGUCGGUCGCGCAGCGUGUUGCAGACGAACUCGACGUGAACCUGGGCGAGGAGGUCGGCUACAGCAUCCGUUUCGAGAACAAGACGAGCCCGAAGACGCUGCUGAAGUACAUGACGGACGGUCAGCUGCUGCGCGAGGCGAUGCACGACCACGACAUGUCGCGCUACGGCUGCAUCAUUCUCGACGAGGCUCACGAGCGCACCCUCGCCACCGACAUCCUGAUGGCGCUGCUCAAGCAGAUUUCCGAGCGGAGGAAAGACUUGAAGAUCAUCGUCAUGUCGGCCACCCUCGACGCCCAGAAGUUCCAGACAUACUUCUUCAACGCGCCCUUGCUCGCCGUGCCCGGCCGGACGCAUCCCGUCGAGAUCUUCUACACCCCAGAGCCGGAGCGGGACUACGUCGAGGCUGCCGUCAGGACGGUGCUGCAGAUCCACGCGAGCGAGCCCGAGGGGGACAUCUUGCUGUUCCUGACGGGCGAGGAGGAGAUCGAGGAUGCAUGCCGCCGCAUCAGCUUGGAGGUCGACGAGAUGAUCCGGGAGUCGGACGCCGGGCCCAUGUCGGUCUACCCGCUCUAUGGCACGCUACCGCCACACCAGCAACAGCGCAUCUUCGACAAGGCUCCGGAACCCUUCCGCAAGGGUGGCCGGCCAGGACGGAAAUGCAUCGUUGCUACAAACAUUGCCGAAACCAGUUUGACAAUCGACGGCAUUGUAUACGUCGUCGACCCGGGCUUCAGCAAGCAAAAGAUUUACAACCCUCGCACCAGGGUAGAAUCGCUGCUCGUGUCUCCCAUCUCCAAGGCAUCUGCCCAACAGCGUGCCGGUCGUGCCGGUCGUACACGACCCGGCAAAUGCUUCCGGCUAUACACGGAGGCAGCAUUCAAGAAGGAGCUCAUUGAGCAGACCUACCCCGAGAUCCUGCGGUCCAACCUGGCCAAUACGGUCCUCGAGCUGAAGAAGCUGGGCGUUGAAGACUUGGUCCACUUCGAUCUCAUGGACCCGCCAGCCCCCGAGACCAUGAUGCGCGCGCUGGAAGAGCUCAACUACCUCGCUUGCCUGGACGACGACGGAGAGCUGACAGCCCUGGGUAGCCUGGCAUCCGAGUUCCCGCUCGACCCGGCCCUCGCUGUCAUGCUGAUCUCCUCCCCGGAGUUCUACUGUUCCAACGAGAUCCUCUCCAUCACCUCCCUGCUCUCCGUCCCGCAAAUAUGGGUCCGCCCCAACAACGCGCGCAAGCGGGCCGACGAAAUGAAGCAGCAGUUCGCCCACCCAGACGGCGACCACCUGACGCUGCUCAACGCCUACCACGCGUACAAAGGCGCGGAGCAGGCGGGCGAAGACGUGAAGAAGUGGUGCCACGAGCACUUCCUGUCCUACCGGCACCUGUCGAGCGCCGACAACGUGCGCGCGCAGCUCAAGCGCAUCAUGGAGACGCACAACAUUGAGCUUGUCAGCACGCCGUUCCAGAACAAGGAGUACUACGUCAACAUCCGGCGCGCGCUGCUGGCCGGCUUCUUCAUGCAGGUCGCCAUGCGCGAGAGCAGCGGCUCCAAGGUGUACAAGACGGUGAAGGACGACCAGCUCGUCAUGAUCCACCCGAGCACCACCGUCACGACACCCUACGACUGGGUCGUGUACAACGAAUUCGUGCUCACGACCAAGCAGUACGUGCGGACGGUGACGAAUAUCAGGCCCGAGUGGCUUUUUGAAAUCGCACCCGCAUACUAUGACAUCGAUACCUUUGAAAAGGGCGAGAUCAAGAACGCACUGAUUCGCGUUUCCGAGAAGAUUCGCCGCCGCCAGGCUCUAAAGGGUGGCCGCUGAGGACCACUGGGCUUAACUAGGAGCUGAUAGUGGACUGUUUACGCCGGGCGUACGGGACAUGGGAAAAAGACAGUAUUAGGAUCAUACAGUGUGGUUUUGCUUACUUAUUGCUUGGGCAAGGUCAUGUAUAAACUACCUUAGAUUUGCUAGAUGUUUAGCAUGUAACUGGGUCUUCGUGCCGGGGCCCGUGCCGUAUCAGGCCUCUCUUUCAGGAGCUCGAGCUCCCCUCUCGUGCUUUAUUGACCGCUUGAUCUAACGGGGUCUAGGCAGGCUGGUCUUGGGUUAGCAGGCUCUUGUAACAAGAUAAUUUCUC